GUGUACAGUCACGUGGUCARCUAUCAACGUCCAAUGAACGCUUGUAGUGACCAAUACUGCAGUACGAACCAUGCUUGCUUUAUAAAAGAUGAUGKGAAGAACUACGAAUGCAAAGUUUGCACCACACCACUCGGUAUGCAAUCAAAUACAAUUCCAAACUCAGCAAUCACUGCAUCCUCCACGUUAUCAAAUAAACAUAUCAGCUGGAAUGCUCGUCUCCAYAAACAAGUAUCGACGAACUCCGAUGGAACUCCAAAUCAUGCGGUAUGGUGUCCUGCAGCUUUGCGAGCAGGCGAGUACUUACAGAUUGAUAUGGGUCGACCUGUGACGUUAAMGCAAGUUGCAACUCAAGGAAGACCUUCUUAUAGUUAUAAUCAGUAUGUCAAGAAAUAUCGUUUGGCCUACAAGCGGUUGGAUACACAAUGGAUGGAUUAUCGAGAAAGCGGUAUUAUUAAGGUAUUUGGUGGGAAUACCGAUCGCAACACUGUAGUCACCAACACGCUUAGAGAAAAGGUUGUGGCCCAACAAGUCAGAAUCAUCGUCACGGAAUGGAGGGAUUACAUCUGCAUGAGAGUAGAAAUUUACGGCUGCUGAACGAUAUUGCAGCAGCUGGAAUACUGCAUUUUAGGCAUAUUAGUUUAUAGUUGUGUUAAAAAAAGAUAAA